CGGCGGGAGGUGGCGCUAUGCGGUCGAGCCGGCUGGGCGCUGCCGGGCGUAGCGGGGCGCGCAGCGUGCGGCGGGACACGAGCGGGCCGGCCGCCCGCCGAUAGCCGCCCAGCGCCAAGAUGGCGUCCAUGCUGCUACAGAGCUGCGGCCGGCGGGCCUGCCGCCUGCCCCGCGCGCUGCGCCGCCAGGCCCCGCUGGGUAACUUGGGAGAUCGCGCUUGUCUUAGUUGUUCAUCCCUGAGGUUGGCAAACAAAAUGACUGUACAUUUCAAAUAUUGCACUGGUGUCGCUCCUGUUUACACAUACUCCAAAAAAGAUCACUACUGCUGUUGGACUAAAGCGUCGGAACGAACGUACUUUACUCUUAUGAGCUCUUCUGGCUCAUGGAUGCCCCUGGCAGCCAUGGGUGUUUUAGGACCCAAGUAUCUUCCAGUUAGGUGGUGGCAUUCUUCACGUUCUCUUCAAGAUGACUCCAUAGUUGAAAAGUCCCUGAAGUCCUUAAAGGACAAAAACAAGAAGUUGGAAGAAGGAGGUCCUGUAUAUAGUCCGACAGAAGUGGAAGUUGUGAAAAAAUCUAUUGGACAGAGGAUUGUGGAUGAGCUAAAGCACUAUUACCAUGGUUUUCGAUUACUCUGGAUUGACACAAAAAUAGCUGCAAGGAUGCUCUGGCGAAUAUUGCAUGGAAAUACUCUGUCACGUCGAGAACGGAGACAGUUUCUUCGGAUAUGUGCUGAUCUCUUCCGCUUGGUUCCUUUCCUCGUUUUUCUCGUUGUCCCAUUUAUGGAGUUUCUGCUUCCAGUAGCUCUAAAGUUGUUCCCUAAUAUGCUUCCCUCUACAUUUGAGACGAAGUCUAAAAAGGAGGAAAGAUUAAAGAAACAACUGAGAGUAAAGCUUGAAUUAGCUAAAUUCCUUCAAGAUACAAUUGAGGAGAUGGCCUUAAAAAAUAAGGCAGCUAAAGGAAAUGUUACAAAAGAUUUUUCAACAUUCUUUCAAAAGAUCAGGGAGACUGGUGAAAGGCCCAGUAAUGAGGAGAUCCUGAGGUUCUCAAAACUAUUUGAAGAUGAGUUGACUCUGGACAAUCUAACCAGGCCUCAGUUGGUGGCACUUUGUAAAUUGCUGGAACUUCAGUCAAUUGGGACAAAUAACUUUCUCCGCUUCCAGCUGACAAUGAGGUUAAGAAGUAUAAAAGCAGAUGACAAAAUGAUUGCUGAAGAAGGAGUUGACAGCCUGACUGUUAAAGAACUGCAGGCAGCGUGUCGUGCACGAGGAAUGAGAGCCCUUGGUGUGACAGAAGAGCGUCUCAAAGAACAGCUUAAACAGUGGCUAGAUCUGCACUUGAACCAGGAAAUCCCUACUUCAUUGCUCAUUUUAUCCAGGGCCAUGUAUCUUCCAGACACACUUUCUCCAGCUGAUCAGCUCAAAACAACACUUCAGACACUACCAGAGAGUGUUGCCAAAGAAGCUCAAGUCAAAGUGGCAGAAGUUGAAGGUGAAAAAGUAGAUAACAAAGCACGACUGGAGGCAACGCUUCAGGAAGAAGAAGCCAUCAGAAAAGAAAAUGAAGAAAAAGAGAUGGAAAGAAUAUCUGAAGCUGCAGAGAAAGCCAAAGAAACUCUUCAGGUUGCAGCUGUGAAAGAAGUGGAAUCAGCAGUAGAUCUUGAACCAGCUGUUCUGCAAGUUAAAGAAAGUCAGGUGGCUAUGGACAGCAAACAAGAGCUGGCAAAAGCAGAUAUGGAAACGUUGAAAGAUACAGCACCCAUACUAGAAGGCAUUAAGGGUGAGGAAAUAACUAAGGAGGAGAUUGACAUGCUGAGUGAUGCUUGUAACAAGCUGCAGGAACAGAAAAAAUCGCUAACAAAGGAAAAGGAGGAGCUUGAGGAAUUGAAGGGUGAUAUCCAGGAAUAUAAUGAGGAUUUGCAAGAAAUAAAGGAGCUUUCUAAAGCUGGCCAGGAAGAAGUAGUGGAAGAAUCAAAGGCGAGCAAGCGACUGACCAAAAGAGUGAACCGGAUGAUUGGUCAGAUAGACAAAAUUAUUAAUGAGUUAGAGACCAAUCAAAAGACGGUGGAUGUAAAACUUGAUAGAGGUGAUAGUCCUCCUGCUGCUGGAUUGUGCUUCCUCUUUAGGGAGAAUCUCAUCAGUAUUGCUGAGCUAAUUAAUGCAAUGAAACAAAUCCAGAAGAUUCCAGAGGAGAAACUAACAAGGAUUGCAGAGGCAUUAGAUGAAAACAAAGAUGGCAAAAUUGAUAUAGAUAAUGUUGUUAAGGUAGUAGAAUUGAUAGACAAAGAAGAUGUUGAUAUUGGCACCAGCCAGGUCGCUGAGAUUAUGGCACUGCUUCAAAAAGAAGAAAAACUGGAAGAAAAGGAGAAGGCAAAGGAAAAGCAUGAUAAAGAAGCUGCAGAAGUAAAGAAUUAAGCUUCAGAAUCUGAAGCAAAGCCCAACUGUAACCAAAACUGUAUAUCUUUGUGUCUAAUGGCUACAUAUUACUGGAGCUUUUGUGAUUAUGGAAGGUGUUUUGAGCUGAUACUAGUAAUAAAUUAUAGAUAUGUUUUCUGACGUAUGGAAUGAAAUUUCUGUUCAUCAAAGAAGCGAUUUAUUGUCAUUCCAUACAGAUGAAAACAAAAUAUGCUGCUUCAGCAGUGUUCCUGCCCAUAAAAUCAUGUUGUAUUUGCACUCGUUGUUGUGGUACAGUGAUCCAAAAAUGUUUCUAAUUUAUUUACUUCCAUCAUUACAUGGGGCCCAGCCUUGCUCUGCUUCUACCUUCUAGCUUUUGCAGAAUUUAAUACAAAUUUUCCCUUCUGUCACAAUAUCACUUUUUUUUUUUUGUACCCUGUUAGUGAAGAUUCUGUGGCUUCAGUAGUAGCUCUUCAGGUUGAGCUUUAUUUAAGCUGAAUAUCACCAAGCUGUUGCCUCACUGACAGAGAAUGUGACAUUCUAAUUGCUUACAAAUUUGUUUUCUUUUCUUUUGAAGGGAAAAUAGGAUUAAUUUUUCCCUAGAACUGAAACUUCCCAUGAAGUUUGCUUCUUACGGGUGCCUUAAAUUAAGACCAGGGUGUAGAACAUCUCACUUCUACUCAGAGUUCCAUGAAUUACUAAAGCAUUGGAAUCACAGGAGCCUUUCAAAUAGUUUCAGAACAGAUAAUGUGUUUGUCUAAAUAGCAAAAUGAAAUUAACUGUAAGGGGAAAAUGUCAGUUGUGAUCUCGUCACGUAUAUUUUUAAAAAAAAAUGCAGUUAUGGAGACAUGUUUGUUGUUGUUCAUAUGACAAUUACUUACACCAUAACUAGUUCUUACCUCUCAUUUGUCAUCUCAGGUGUAACAUCUCUAACCAAGUACAUUCAGAGUACCUAAAUACUUUCAUCUGACCGUGCAGUCAGCAAGUGAUGUCUGAAAUUGGCAGUGUUUUGAUUAUAAUUUUGGCUUUCUGAUUAAUUGAUUGAGUCUUUUGACUUGGAUCAAAGUUUACUCAAAGUCUGUCCUUAGUAGUAAUUUUUUAAGUUUUAAAACUAAUAUGCCACCUGUAGGGUGUUCAUAAUUCCUGAUAGCCUGAAUUUCCCUGAUUCUUACAGUUUGUGAUAAAAUACAAGAGGUAUGACUUGA